UCAACAUUUUCAUUCAGGACUCUUCUGGCCCGCCGCUCUCUACGAUCUUUGCAGUCAUGUCUGACCGAGGCUCUUUUGAUACCAACGUGGUGACUUUAACCCGGUUUGUGCUGGAGGAAGGGAGGAAAGCGAAGGGGACAGGGGAGCUCACUACCCUGCUCAACUCGAUGUGCACGGCCGUCAAAGCCAUCUCCACAGCGGUGAGGAAAGCUGGCAUCGCCAACUUGUAUGGCAUAGCGGGCAGCACCAAUGUGACGGGGGACCAGGUGAAGAAGCUGGACAUCCUGUCUAACAACCUGGUUAUCAACAUGAUCAAAUCCUCCUUCACAUCCUGUGUCCUAGUGUCAGAGGAGGAUGACACAGCCAUCAUAGUAGAACCAGACAGACAGGGUAAAUACAUUGUGUGUUUUGACCCUCUGGAUGGUUCCUCCAACAUCGACUGCUUGGCUUCCAUCGGCACCAUCUUUGCCGUCUUUAGAAAGACGACAGAGGAUGACCCGUGUGAGAACGACGCGCUGCAGCCCGGUAGGAAUAUCGUUGCCGCCGGAUACGCCCUCUAUGGCAGUGCCACCAUGAUGGUACUGUCCACUGGGCAGGGGGUCAACUGCUUCAUGUUGGACCCGGCCAUAGGUGAAUUCAUUCUGGUGGACAGAGAUCUAAAGAUCAAACCGAAAGGGAAUAUCUACAGUCUGAAUGAAGGAUACGCCAAAUACUUUGACCCCGCUGUCACGGAGUACCUACAAAAGAAGAAGUUCCCCGAGGAUGGCAGUGCCCCGUACGGUGCCCGCUAUGUGGGUUCUAUGGUAGCAGACGUCCACAGGACCCUGGUCUACGGAGGAAUCUUCCUCUACCCUGCUAACGUCAAGAGCCCCAAGGGAAAGCUGCGUCUGCUGUACGAGUGCAACCCCAUGGCGUUCAUCAUCGAGCAGGCGGGCGGUAUGGCAACCACAGGAAGUCAGAACGUCCUGGACAUCCAGCCAAUCGACAUCCACCAGAGAGUUCCCGUGGUGCUGGGGUCACCUAGCGACGUCCAGGAGUACCUGGAUAUAUAUCAAAAACACCAUGCCAACAAUGGCAACUAGGGACCACACACACCAGGCCAACAAUGGUAACUAGGGACCACACACACCAGGCCAACAAUGGCAAC